CAGUAGAGUAGACAGGAGAGAGGAGAGGUGCUUAAUGGUGCACCACCAUGCUCUGACCGCUGCUCUGUGACUGAGUAAACGCCUGGAUGUGAAAAAGCUCCACCCACCUGCUCUCACCGCCACUCUCCACUCUCUGCUGACCUGAGUCCGAUGGCAAAGCAUGACCCGAACGAGCCCCCUCCCCCUUACUACUCUGUCGCCGUGCACACCCAGCCCCCCCUCAAACCCUAUGAGGAGGUGGUGUAUGGCGUGGGUCCAGGCCUGACACCCCCCACCUAUCCGCAUUACAUCCCCCAGUAUCCACCACCUGUGGCUGUGCCGCAAGUCGCACACUCCAGCAUACCACCCAGACGUAAGAGGAGGAGAUGCUGUGAGAACAAUUCCCAGUGUUAUGGAGGGUCAGGGGGAGUCUUGCUGGUGCUCGGUCUGCUGGCACUGGCCAUCUGGCUUGGAGUUCGUUAUGGAACCCGGUUGGCGACAGUAGCGAUCCUCGAGGAUGACGACGAUGAUUCGAGGAAUGAAAAUGCCCUUCCACCAAGGUUUGACACCUGCCCCAACAAUACCGUCCAAUGUGAUGCGAGAAGAGACUGCCAACUAGGCACGGACGAGACGGACUGUGUGAGGUUUGGAACAGACAGUGGUCUGCAGGUCAAGACGAAUCUAGAUGGCCGCUUCCUACCAGUCUGCUACCAAGGCUGGAACAAAACCUUGGCUGACCAGAUCUGCAAUCAGCUUGGAUUCAGAAAGUCCUUUGCCAGCAAAGCAAUUGAGUCAGAGGAGGCCACUGGUUUAACUGUGACCAGCAAAUCAUCUUUACCUAUCCAGGGCCGAGUAACAGUCAGUUCUUCCUGUCCAAACCAAGAGACUGUCUCCCUGCAGUGUAUGGACUGUGGUCGGCAGCAGUCUACAUCCCGGAUCAUUGGGGGCAGCGUGGCCAAGGUCGGUCAGUGGCCCUGGCAGUUGACGCUCCACUUCAGAGGUUCCCACGUCUGCGGAGGAGUCCUGAUCUCCCCCGAUUUUGUUCUGACUGCUGCACACUGCUUCCCAAGAAACAACCCUGCAGCUUUGUCUCUGAGGAACUGGAAAGUGUACAGUGGAGUGGUGUCUCUGGACAGCCUACCUGCCGUCGCCUACUCGGUCGAGAAGAUCAUACUGAAUGAGGACUAUAACAACAAAACUAAUGACCAGGACAUCGCUCUGCUCAAACUCACAUCUCAAGUCACUUUCAAUGAUAAAGUCCAGCCAGCUUGUCUGCCAACUUCUGGCCAGCAAUUCGUCCAAGGAACCAAAUGUUGGACCUCUGGUUUUGGCACCACUGUGGCAGGAUCAGGCACCGUCUCCAGGGAUCUGAUGGAGGUGACUGUGGACAUCAUUGGUAGAGAAACGUGUAACAGCCGUGCUGUGUAUGGAGGCAGCGUGACCAGGAACAUGAUCUGUGCUGGAGACCUAAAUGGAGGAAAAGACUCCUGUCAGGGGGACAGUGGUGGACCUCUGGUGUGUCAGGGGACGAGCCGCUGGUUCCUGGUGGGCAUCACCAGCUGGGGAGCUGGUUGUGGUGAAGUGAACAAGCCCGGCGUUUACACCAAAGUCAGUAGCGUUUUGCCAUGGAUCUACAGCAAUAUGCAGUUGGAGAAGCCGUGAUGCCCCCCGUGUCUCCAGCUGGAGGUCUUCUGUCCUCACGCCACCCUGUGAACUCUGCACUAUGAAGUCUUCUCAGAGAGACGGAUGGGUUAACACACGGACAACUGACGAGGAGAUGGAUGAAAGGUCACACGCUGGUUCGGGGGAUCAGCCCCAUGACAUGAUUCAGAAUUUACGCUUGAACACGAGGACAUCUCAAUGUUCUUGAUCAUCUGUACUCGUCCUCUGUCAGACGGCAGAGUGUGUAUUACCUGCACCUGAUUGUUUUAAACACACUAAUCAAUGCACUGACUCCAGUCUUGCAUUCUUGAUCUUCCUCUCCUGUCUCUUGUGGUUGUCAGUCGUCCAGUAUACUUGACGUUUACCUACAUGUUUAAGCAAGCUUUAAAGAUGGCUGGUCCUUCUCUCUUGUGUUCUGUGCCAAUGAAACAUAGUCCACUCUACUGUGAUCUCCUUGAUUGGUUUGACAGUGACACUUUUUAAAUGAUUAAUGAUUGUAGAAGUGUGUUUUAUUCCUCAGGGACACAUCCCAGGCUUUUUUAGCAUUUAGCUUUGUUUACCCUGCUAAAAUGAAGGACACUUUAUGUAUUCACUUUGUGAAGAAGGAAAGCAGUGUGACCCUUGACUUCCUUAUUGAGCUGGCACUCUGUCCGUGCACCUAAACCUCCCCUCCUUUACACUCACACUGUGAAACUGUUCAGAAAAUUAAUCUUCUUGCAUUUUAUGUAAAGGUGUGUGUUCUCUGUGCAUCAUAUUUAUGUGAGUGUUUUUGUGUCUGUUGUGUGGGAUCACUGAGCAUACAAAAUAAAGAUCAGGGUGGA